AGUAAGAAGAAAAACACACCAAACAUCAUUUUUAGAAUUUCUUUCUUGCCACAUAAUUUGUUUCUGUUUUGUGGUCAUCACUACCAUGGUUAGGAAGAAGGUGAAACUUGCCUACAUAGUCAAUCAUGGGAGCAGGAGGGCAACAUUCAGAAAAAGGAAGAAUGGUAUAUUUAAGAAGAUAAGUGAACUCACCACCCUUUGCGGGAUAGAAGCAUGUGCAAUAAUCUAUGGUGAAAACGAACAAGAAGCUGAAGUCUGGCCAUCUCCGGCAGGAACUAGAAGUGUGUUAAAUAGGUUCAUGAGUUUGCCUGAACUCGAACGAAGAAGAAAGAUGGUGGAUUUGGAGCGUUUCUUGACAAAAAGUAUAGAGAAAGCCCAAGAAUUGUUGAAGAAACAAUGGGAGGAGAAUAAGAAGAAGGAAAUGUCCAUUGUUAUUGAUCAAUUUAUUUACACAGGUGAAUAUAAUAUUGGUAACAUGGUGAGCUUGAAGGAUCUCAAUGAUUUCUCGGCGUUCAUAGAUUUGAAUUUAAGCGAAAUCGAUCAGAAAUUGAAUUCGAUGGAACCUGAAAUCCAAGGGGAGGGUGGAAAUGGAGCUGAACCUAUGAUUGGAAUAGAGCAACAGGCUAAUGCAGGUGCUGAUGUGGGUCCCAGCAUGAGUUAUAAUAUGCAAAUUGAUGAUUAAACUUCAACUUGAAAAGUUAUGCUCUGUUUGGUUAUAUUUCUGAGUUAAGUUGUUGGUCUUUUUGUGUUGUUUUAAAAUGCAUUUAGUCUUUGUUUAUUUAAGUUCACAGUGUUGAUGAUUAUCAUCAAUGGAGUCGGUUGGCAUUUCUGUGGUUUUUUCUUUAUUUUAUUUGGUAUGUUUAUUUUCACAGUGUUGAUGAUUUUAUCAUCAAUGGAAUCAAUUGUAUUUUUGUUGUUUCCUUAA